AUGUCCCCGGAUGCGCCGCCCUGGCUCUGCCCUACCCGGCCAGCUCCAUGGCCAGCGAAGAACCCUGACUCCAUUCCUCAAUCGCUGUUCUCGACCUACGGACCUGUUCCGGGCCUAGUUGCUCGGUCUGGUUUCUGCUCUUCGUCCUUUAUCCUCCUCUGCCUACUGCUAUUCUCCUCAUCGCUGCUCUGUGCCUGCUCCCCGCUCGGCACGCAUGCUGCUUCGUCACCUACCAAUGCUCUUGACGGGACUACCGUGAUCGCUGUGUCUGAUUCAUCCUCAAUUACGCCUACUGCUCUCCUAAACGGGCAAGUGGUCACGCAUCCUUCUCCGGCAACUGCCAACCGAGACCUCGAGCAUCAGAUUCGCGAUCCAGACGAAGUCGGGUUGCUAGCCUUACCAGCCCAAUCGCAUUCGCGACCCGCCGAUUUAGCCGCCCCCGCGAGUGUCGGUCAACAGAUGGUGCGCGCAACGACUGCAGCGAUUUUGACUCUAUCCUCCUUGAUAGCCUACGUCGUGAUCAACAGUGUCGCUCGCGCUGUUCAUCCGUCGGCCUUCAUUUGGUACGAGGAGGAUCAGGACGAGCAUCGCUGGAUUUCGUCAUCUUCGUCCUGGUUAGACCGGAAAGCUUGCCGGUGGUUCGGCUUAUGUGGGACCGCCCACUUUCGCCUGGUGCGCCCCCGCUUCGGCCACCACAAGGCCAUCGCGGCGGCCGGCCAAGGGUCCGAGGACGAGGGUUUCUCCGCCUGGCGCGCCGCCCAAUUUAAUGAUUCCGCGCAUCCCGAAGCCGCCUGGGAUGAGGCCGAACGCUCCCGCCGCAAAAUUCCAGGCUACGUUUUCCAAUAUGCGCCGCUCGUUCAUCUGUUCUCCGAUGAGCAAUUUUGGCCCGGCGAUAUUGCCGAGCACUUGUAUCAUAUCACCCCUAUGCUCAAUUACACGCCUGUUCAAUCGUAUUUGGAUCAUCCCACACUACAUGACCUCGACCAAUUGAAUCAGUGGCAGGACGGGCACAAUGUGUUUCUCACCAGCAACGACAAUGUCGAGCAUCGACCCUCGUGGAUGGAAGGCGAUAAGAAUAUUCCGGAUGAACCUGAUAGUGAUCUGGAACCGUCAUGGCCUGACUGGGAUGGUCGGGUCGAUGGGCCCAUCCCGAAUGACACGCCUGAUGACCGAGCUCGGUGGUACGACUCAGCUCAUUCUUUACCGGAAGGAGAGAAGGUGAGUGAAGGCGACGACAGAACUGAGUGGUCGCCUGAGAAGCUUGGCUAUCUUCGUCCAGAAGAUCUACAAAAAGAUGAGAGUCUGCGGGAUGAGCUGCGCAAACGAUUCGGCGGCGAGCCUAUCCAUGUUGAAACUACGGGUGGGCGCAGCAAUGCGCCAGCCAUUCUGCUGGUGAUGGACAAAGGCAAUGGCAUUGUGGAUGCUUUCUGGUUCUUUUUUUACAGCUUUAAUCUUGGCAACGUGGUGUUGAACGUGCGGUUUGGCAACCAUGUCGGAGAUUGGGAACACUGUCUUGUGCGUUUUCACAACGGCCGGCCAAAGGCUCUCUUUUUCAGCGCACACUCAGCGGGAGAAGCAUACAGCUACGAAGCCGUCGAGAAGAUCGGCCAGCGGCCGGUUAUCUACUCCGCCCUUGGCACCCAUGCCAUGUAUGCCACUCCCGGCGUGCACGCCUAUAUUCUUCCUUGGGGCUUGCUACACGACCAAACCGAUCGUGGUCCCUUGUGGGAUCCGCUCCUGAACGUGCACACUUAUACGUAUGACUUUCCCAGCGACACUCUCCGGGCUUCCACUGUCAGCCCCUCGGCACCGAUUGAGUGGUUCUAUUUUAACGGGCACUGGGGCGACAAGUUCUACCCGCUAGGUGAUGAGCGUCAAUAUCGAUUUGCGGGUCAGUAUCACUAUGUAAACGGGCCUCUAGGUCCACGCUUCAAGCACCUUAACCGGCACAAAGUCUGCCAGCAAGCCGAUGACAGUCCCUGUGUGAUCAAGAAUUACAUUGGGGAACAUGCCCGUCCCCGUCGCUGGGCAACUGCGGACCCCGAAAACCCGGCUGAGCAUCGACGUAACUAAAGGCUGGUCUCGGGUGCCAGUAUCUAUCUCUUUUUCUUUGUUCCCAUGCUUAUUCUUACCUGCUAUCUCUGGUGGGAUUAUAUACCCUUGCAUUUAUUUUUUCUUCACAUGAUUGCAUUGAUGACUGGCGUUCUGUUCAGGUCUGGACUGGAAACCAACGAACCACGAGACGAUGAGAGACAUGAAGAUCAAGGAGUCAUUACUUAUUUACCCAUCUACAAUCAUCAUUUGCAACUCUACCUUCAUCCUGGCUGGGGACUGAGCGAUGAAGUCACGGCCUUUCUAUGUCAUUAUAUUCUAUCUUGCUGUCAUCGGGUAUAUAUUAUGUGUUAGUGGAUGAUGUGCCGAUGAAUAGAAGC